AUGGAAGAACACUGUAUCUGGCACAUUGGUUAUGGACAAUCAGUGAGUGCUUGGGAAGAUAGAUGGAUUGAUUCCAAUAUCAGGAUUGCGGAUUUCAACUUAAAUACUCCUCCACACCUUCAAUUGGCUAAAGUGGAUGAUCUGGGGAGUCCGAAUGUUAGAGCAUGCAUUGGUGAAGAUGGAAAUAGAUACUCAGUUAGUAUCAUGUACCAAUUUCUAGCUAAAGAUGGUGAUGUGAGUGACCCUGUGUGUUGGAGAGAUGUUUGGAAAAUUAAUGCCAUGGAGCGUGUUCGUCAUUUUGUGUGGUUGUUGCACCAUGAUGGUCUACUUACAAAUAUGAAGAAGUCUCGAAUGGGUCUUGGGAGCACCAUGUGCAGACCCUGUGGUGUUAUGGAAGAAGAUGCUCUUCAUGUGUUCCGGGAUUGCCCGCGUGCAGUGGAUCUCUGGCGUCCGACAGUUUCCGCUAACAAUCAUGGUGUUAUUUUUUUGCAGGGAGUGAGUCUAAUUAAAUGGGAAGCUCCUCUGAGUGAUUGGGUUAAGAUGAACAUCGAUGGAGCCAUGGACAAGGAAGGUAAUUCAGGUUGCAGUGGCAUUAUCAGAGGCUCCGGUGGAGAGUGGCUUGGAGGAUUUUCGAAAAAUAUAGGUAUUUGUAGUGUGUACACUGCUGAAUUUUGGGGGAGUGUAAGAAGGUUUAAUGCUUUCUACAAACGUGGGAUUCAAGUAGAUUAUUAUCAAAAUAGAUUCUCAACAAGUGGUAAAGGAUAUCUCUUAUCAAUCUUCUUCCACAAAAUUGGGCAGGAAUUUAUUAACCAAGAUUAG